UGUCACAUCCUUCAACAAUGCAUCAUUUUCAUCGUUUUCACAACCAGGCAGCAACACUCGUAACUCACCCCGAGUCCAAGUAGUCUUUCGUCUUUCGUUCGAGAUCAAACAUUUCAAGUCCGAGAACUGUUCAACAGCGACAUAGAGACUCAAGCUGCCGAUCAGUUUCGAACGACUCCUGGAGCGAUAGCCACUUGCCAUUUGUCUCAGCCUCGUUGUUGUCACACACGAGAAUCAAAAUGCUUCCAAGCUCUCGGGGUACUUUAAUCUUCUCUCGAGUGUUCGCAUGGUUCUUCCAGUCUAUCGCGCCCCUGAGUAUCGCGUAUUGUCUUCUCGUACUCUUUAUCCUUUCGCCGUCCCAGCGCCUACCAAUCGCACUUGAAGUAUGGCUGCUAGCAGAAGCAUUAUUCUUCCUGUUGGUGUACCUCCCUAUGUCCCAUUUCAUACACGAUCCAGCCAUGAAAGUGGUUGGAAUCGAUCGGUGGCAGCGCCGUGAGCUUUUCAAAAAGUGCAUCACCACGAUUACCGACCCGAAGAGGUACAUUUCACUCUGGCAUCAUGGUGCAAAGAUUGAGGAUAUCGGGAGGGAGAAUGUCAAAGAAUGGAUCUGCUGGGCUUUUUUGGACAAAAGCACUGUUGGUCCUGACGAGGAAGACGAGCUGGAAGAGUAUGUUGACUUGUUGGAAACCCUGCUUCCCAAGGGCACGUUGCCCAGCGGCAACAAAUUUCCUCUGGGAAAGACUCCAGGAAUCCAGACUCUCAGAUUCUCAUUGGAUCCAGUCAACAUCACCCAUAAGCCUCUGCUCUUCUACGUCUUAGGUGUUGGCGGUGCUGAUAUAUAUGUGGCUUUCAUCAUGUGGUACCAUGGAUACCAGCAUCAUGCAACAAAGCAGUGGUUCGCCAGCUUUCCAUUCCGACCACAGACAUUACUUUCACCACACAGUUCACCAGCCCAACACAUCUCAUAUUGGUAUCGUCCACACACUUCGAAGACGAGAUUGCCGAUUCUAUACAUCCACGGAAUUGGCAUCCUGCACACAUAUGGCGACUUCUUCGCAGAGCUGGCAAACAGGCUUGAUCAGGAUCCUGAGGAGGAUGGACAGAUCGGUGUCAUCGUCCUUGAGAUCCUCCCAAUCUCUUUUCGAAUGACCCACGCCGCCCUCUCACCGGACGACAUGCGCUCAGAGAUCCGCUCAAUACUCGACCAGCACUCUUGGUCUCGCUUUGUGCUGAUGGCAAACUCUUACGGCACCGUCAUCUCCACACAAUUGCUCCGCAGUCCCUCCCUAAAUUCACGCAUUGGAGACGUGAUCUUCGUCGACCCGGUCGCUUUUCUGCUCCAUCUUCCAGACAUGACCUAUAAUUUUACACGACGGCCUCCCAAAUCCGCAUCUGAGCACCAACUUUAUUACUUCGCAUCGACAGACAUGGGUGCAGCGCAUACACUCGCUCGCAGGUUUUCGUGGACUGACAACAUUCUCUGGAAAGAGGACUUUGAAGGUCGACGUUGGACGGUCAUGCUGAGCGAGCUGGACAUCAUUGUUGCAGUCGACGCUAUUGGAAGUUACUUGACGCGUCCAGAGGGGCUCAAAGCACUUCAAGACGAUCGACUUGAGAGCGAGUGGAAGACAACGAAAUGGACAGGAGGCAAGUUGGAUGUGAUGUGGCUCAAGGGCCUAAAUCAUGCCGAGGUUUUUGAUACCAAACGAGACCGGAAAAUGGUGAUAGAUAUUGCGAUGAGUUAUUCGAGUGAGUAUGCGAAGAUGGUCGAGAAGAGUUUGCUUUUCAAAGCUUCUCCUGCAAGAUUUGCGAGUGCCUUUGGCUUAGACAACACGCUGGAUUGGGACCACGGAGAGCUAGAUACGUCCUUGCGGCCGAAGGCGAAGAAUUCGCUAUCUAAAAGGCGCUUUAGUUAA